AUGCUACUUUACAGUGAUCCUUGGUCCUCAAAAGGCUCAGUGGUAAAAAAUCUGCCUGCCAAUGCAGGAGACACAGGUUCCAUCCCUGUCUUGGAAAGAUUCCCUGGAGAGAAAAAAUGGCAACCCACUCCUGUGUUCUUACCUGGAGAAUCCCAUGGACAGAGGAGCCUGGUGGGCUAUAGUCCACGGGGUUGCAAAAAAGCUGGACAUGACUUUGCGACUAAACAACACUUGGUCCUCUUGACAACCUCUGGGGUGAGCCAGGGCCUGACCACAGAGAUAGAUGGUGGGGACUGUGCUUUGCGGGUGGAGCGGAUUGAGGCUGAAAGCCAGGUUCUCAACCCCAACUCUAUGGCAGUAUGA